AUGGUUCUUUUAGAAUGGCUUAACACCGGCAGCAUGACUACUGCACGAUAUCGGCAUACAGCAUCCGUAUUAAAAAAUGGAAAAGUCCUAGUUACUGGUGGAAUGUAUAAUAGUGAGUAUCUAAAUAGUACUGAGUUAUAUGAUCCAUCAACAGGAAAUUGGACAUCGGCUGGUAACUUGAACAGUGGACGGCAAUCACACACGGAAUCGGUAUUAACAAAUGGAACAGUGUUAGUUGCAGGUGGAUUUAAUGGUACUAAUCUUCUGAAUAGUGCUGAGCUGUAUGAUCCAUCAACAGAAACUUGGACAGCAACUAGUAGUAUGAAUUAUGGACGAGUUGGACAUACAGCAUCCAUAUUAAAAAAUGGAACAGUGUUAGUUACUGGUGGACGUUCUGGUAACUUUGCAGGUACUACUGAAUUGUAUGAUCCAUCAACAGGAACUUGGACACAGACUAAUAGUAUGAAUUUUGGACGACGAGACCACACAGCAUCCAUAUUAGCAAAUGGACAUGUGCUAGUUACUGGCGGUUUAGGUAAUAGUGGUUUUCUAAAUAGUGCUGAGUUCUAUGAUCCAACAACAGGAAGUUGGACACCGGUUGGUAGCAUGAACAGUGGACGGCAAUCACACACAGCAUCCGUAUUAACAAAUGGGAAAGUGUUAGUUACUGGGGGACUAUUUAAUGGUAACAUUGUAAAUAGUGCUGAGUUAUAUGAUCCAACAACAGGAAAUUGGACAUCGGCUGGUAACAUGAACAGUGGACGGCAAUUACACACAGCAACCGUAUUAGCAAAUGAAAAAGUGUUAGUUAUUGGCAAUUCAAAUAAUGCCGAAUUGUAUGAUCCAUCAACAGGAAAUUGGACAACUACUGAUAGUAUGAAUUUUGUACGAUCUGACCACACAGCAUCCAUUUUAAUGAAUGGAAACGUGUUAGUUGCUGGUGGAUUGGAGUUGGGUGCUGUUCUAAAUAGUUCAGAAUUAUAUCAAUCAUCUCAAAUAAUUGGAUAG